AUGGAUCGAUGGGAAGGAGCGACUACACCGACGGUUGCCGUGUCGAGCCAGGCCGGCCAGUGCGCGCGCGCCAAACGACGUCACCUGGACACGCCAGGGACGCACCUUCUCCAGCACAUCUCUUCAGGUCACCUGCCACUGGAGAAACGGCCAGAGAUACCAAGUACGUUCCGCGAACAAGCUGCAGCGCCCAACGGCCUCGGGCUGAGGUACUUCGCUCCUAACAGAGAAAUGCCCACCUGCCGUGUGCUGGAAUCCAAUUAA